AAACCUUCCACCGUCGACCCGGAGCCGACAAACCGAGCACACCUGCGUAUUAACAUAUUAUAAUCGUGUUUAAAUAGCACACGCUGUAUCCAGUGAGAGUAGCUGUAUGGUAAUUUGUCGGAGCAGCGGAGUAAAUAGGGGGGUGGGUCAUGAGCUCUUCUUCUUUUUUUUUUUUUUUUUUGGUUUUGCGUGUAUGUGUGUGUUUUUUGACCAGCUGAAAAUGGCGGCUCGGAGCGUCGAAUCGUCCUAACUUUAUCGCACAAUAAUAAACAGAACGACAUACACAGCUGUUAUCGCGUAACAUGGGGAGAAACUUCACUCAGAGGCCUCGGACGCUCUAGUUUGGGAAGCAACUUUGACCACUGCGGUUGAAAGGAGUUAUAACGCAGAGAGAUGAUGGAGGAUCCUCAUACACGGUACAGCAAACGCCUGCGUACAGGUACACGGCGCCGCUACCAAGACGAUGGAAUCUCAGAUGAUGAGAUUGAAGGAAAACGGACGUUUGAUCUGGAUGAAAAGUUGCAGUGCGCCAGGUUUAACUCUGACUUGAUCAAACACAUGGAGGGUAAAGAUUUCACAUUUGAAUACAUCCAGAGAGAAGGGCUCAGGGACCCCAUUGUCUUUGAGACAGGGGAUGGCCUCGGCAUACAAAUGCCAGACCCUGAUUUCAGCGUGAGUGAUGUCAAGUUGUUUGUUGGUAGUCGACGUAUUGUAGAUGUGAUGGAUGUGAACACCCAGAAGGGAAUUGAGAUGUCAAUGGCUCAGUGGCGGCGCUACUACGAGACGCCGGCGUCAGAACGAGAAAAGCUCUACAAUGUCAUCAGCCUGGAGUUCAGCCACACCAGGCUGGAGAAUCUGGUCAAACGACCGUCUUCGGUGGACCUUAUCGACUGGGUGGACAACAUGUGGCCCCGACAUCUCAAGGAGAGACAGAGAGACUCCACUAAUGCCAUAAUAGACAUGCAUUAUCCCAAAGUACAGAAGUACUGUCUCAUGAGUGUGCAGGGCUGCUUCACAGAUUUCCACAUUGACUUUGGAGGCACUUCAGUCUGGUACCACAUCCUGCGAGGAGGAAAGGUGUUUUGGCUGAUUCCACCCACACCACAGAACCUGGAGAUGUACGAGAACUGGGUUUUAUCAGGAAAGCAGGGAGACAUAUUCUUGGGUGACAAGUGUCACGACUGCCAGAGGAUAGAGCUCAAGCAGGGCAACACCUUCAUAAUCCCAUCAGGGUGGAUUCAUGCCGUUUACACCCCAGAGGACACGUUGGUGUUUGGUGGGAAUUUCCUCCACAGCUUUAACAUCCCCAUGCAGCUCAACAUCUACAGCAUUGAGGAUCGCACACGGGUGCCACCAAAGUUCCGUUACCCGUUCUACUAUGAGAUGUGCUGGUAUGUCCUGGAAAGAUACCUCUACUGUCUCACCAACAUCUCCCACCUCACUGCUGAGUUCCAAAAAUACUCUCUAGGCAUAGGACUGACCCCGGCUGAUCUUGAAACCACUGAACAGACCGGGAAUGGCACCUCCAAUGGAGUUGACAGCGACACUGAGAAAGAGAAGAUCGAGUUUAAGGAUGUAGAAAUCAAAGAAGAAGAGGCAGCUCAUGUUAUAGCACCUCAACAUGUGCUGACUACCUUUGAGCUAGAGGGACUGUGGAACCUCUUAGGGAAGCUGGAGGAGCUGCCGGCCCACAAAAAGUGUGUCCCUGAAGGCAUCGGGAACCCCACAGCCCUGCUCGAGGACAUGAGGGCUGUUCUGAAGGAGCACGCUGAUGAUACACCCCAGCUGUCCUACACUGGGGAGCCCAUUGUGAAGUGGCCUGAAAGGCCAGCAUGGUACCAGCCCCCAGCUCCCCCUCCCCCUGUCAUUUACCGUCCACGCUUGGGUCCCACCCUCCACAAGCCCCUUGGCCAGAGGCGAAACAAACGCUCCUCCAUCUCAGCUCUGAGGCGCAGACGGGUGAGGUGCAAGCGCUGUUCCGCCUGCUGCAGGAAGGAGUGCGGCGAAUGCCACUACUGCCAAGAUAUGAGGAAGUUCGGCGGGCCUGGACGCAUGAAGAAGAGCUGUAUUAUGAGACAGUGUCUUGCUCCUGCUCUGCCGAACACAGCGCGAUGCACAUUAUGUGGAGAAGGGGAAUCGGAUGAAUCAGAUCCGAGCACUUACUCACUCAUGGAGUGCUCCGUCUGCUCGCAGAUCGCCCAUCGUCAGUGCAUUAAGGAACCUGGGGAAGGGAAAAUCAACAAAGAUUUACCCAGCUGCUGGGAAUGUCCCAAAUGUUACCAAGGCAAAGACUCAUCAGAGUCCUCAAGCGAUGAAGAAAGUGAAGAAUCAGAGGGCUCCACCUCCUUGCCACUGUCCAAACUUGCGUACCGGGAAGGCAUUGGUGUCGGCGAAGGGGUGAGACGAGGGAAACGAAACAGACCCGCACCCCGACCCACAGCACCGCCACCUUCUCAGAAACUGCUACUGCAGCAUCAGCAGAACCGCAAGCGAGCAAGUGCACUGGAGCUCAGACUCAAGAAGAGGAUAAAACUGGAGCGCAGCAAACUCUUAUCAAAACAGUCGUCCCUGGACCGUUCUCCCAGGCUGCUGAGCUCCAGGUUGCUGUCCCGGCUACGCUCUCCAACCAGCAGACUAUCUCAGGGCAGAGGUCGUGGCUCCACCUGGGCCAGUGGCUCCUCUUACCACGGCUCUCUAGGCGGUACCAGGUCCUUCCAGCAGCAGCAGCAGCAGCAGCAGUCUUCCCACAGUCUGGUACUAGAGCCAAAGGGAGAGCCUCGCAGAGGGAGGGGAAGAGGGGUAAGGCUGCGGGGAGGCGGAGCAGGAAGAGGAAUCAGAAGUGGUAGAAGCCAUGGAGAGAUGGAAGAGGAGAGUGAGGACAGCAGCAGCAGCAGCACAAGCAGCAGCAGCGAUGAUGACGACGACGAAGAGGAGAGGGGGCAAAGCAAUGGGAGAGGACUGGAUAAAGAGAACCAGCCACAGUCGAGGAGAGGAGGACGGGCAGCCAAAGAAAGAGAAGAGGAAGGGGGUGAGGUGGCCAACCAAAAUGGUGCAGAGGAGGAGGACGAGGAGGAGAUGGAGCAGGACAGUCAAACUGGGGGGAAAGAUGGCUCCUAUCUUAAAGUGACACUUCAAAAGCCACCCAGGGCCAAGCGGGACCCGACAGCAAUCGUCCCCAAAUUAGAGGCUGUUGCCCCUCAAACUGCCACUUCCACAAUACACAACCAGACCAGAGCCCUUGUCAGACCCCCCAUUAGAAAUUGUGGCCCCUGUCCGGAUCAGCAGUCCAAUAGGCACACAUCACCACACACUCGCAGUGGACUCACAAUCACUCGUACCUCUCACCCAGAGAGGCCGGAGGCCCCUAAAAUAGCAAAGCCAAGCAGGCCAUCUAAACUAAGCAAUGGCGCCUCUUCUUCUUCUACGUCCGAGCUUCCUCAUCUCCGCAUCCCUCUGUCCGCCCUGCAGGAAGGAGGCAGCGAGGCGGACAGGGAGAACGGUGGGAGUGGUCCGGGCUGCGAGAGGGAGGUGUGGGUGUCUGUCUUCCGCUACUUAAGUCGAGCAGAUCUCUGCGUCUGCAUGGCUGUCUGCAAGAACUGGUACAAAUGGUGCUUAGACAAACGGCUUUGGGCGUGUAUUGACCUGAGCGUCAAACGCACCAUCACUCCUCAGGCCCUAACAGGCAUCAUAAAGAGACAGCCGGUCACGCUCGAUCUCUCCUGGACCAACAUCUCCAAAAAGCAGCUGAACUGGCUUGUUGGACGCCUGCCUGGGCUGAAGGAUCUGAUGGUGUCCGGUUGUUCCUGGUCAUCGAUUUCAGCUCUCUGCUCCUCUGGCUGCCCUCUCCUCCGUUCUCUGGACCUGCGGUAUGCAGACGGGGUCAAAGACUCUCAGAUCAGGGAUCUCGUCACUCCUCCAGGCUGUGACAACCGCAGUCAGUUGCGGUCCAUGCAGUGUUUGCGACUAGCAGGCCUGGACAUCAGCGACUCCACUCUGCGCCUGGUGAUCCGUCACAUGCCCCACUUAACAAAACUGGACCUCUCCCACUGCAACAGCCUCACCGACCACUCCAUCAACCUGCUGACUGCAGUGGGCUCGUCCACCCGUAACACGCUCACAGAACUCAACCUGGGAGGCUGCAGUAAACUGACAGACGCGUGUCUAAAGUAUCUCCGCCGCCUCUCCUGCAUCUCACUGCUCGACCUGCGAGGCUGCAAAGGCGUUUCCCGCAAAGCCUGUGAGGCUCUCAUCUCCGAGCUGUCGGUCAACAUGCUCUACUGCCUAUCAGAUGAAAAACUGAUCCAGAGGAUAUCCUAAGCACCCGCCUCCUCUGACGGCAGAGGUGAUUUUUGGGUGCAAAGACAAAGAGAGCUGAUCCGGAUGUGAAACUGUGUGGCACAAAGGACUCAGACUGGCAGGGAAGUUCACAUGCACCUGUGACACAUAAAAGGAGGGGUGGGGUCUGAACUGGGACUCACGUAACUGGUGUUGGUGAAGGGGGUUCUCAUAUAAAACAUUUUUCCAGUGUACCUAAAAUGAGACUCAGGAGCUUUUUUCUGUUGUUAUUUUAGGAAAUAAUUUUGUGUGGAAAGAGCAAAAUAUCUUCUUUUUGUUUUUAAUUGCCAUAAGUGGGAGAACGGGCAAUUAAAUUAGUUGUAUCCUGCACAUCCUUCGGGUGACCGAGUGCUCAGCUCCUCCGUGGACAGACGCCAGUCUUGACUCCGAUCCUGCCUUGAGAAGGUGAUCAGCAAAGACUUUUUGAGUUUCAUGACGGGGGUAAAACGGCUUCGCUCUGUUUGGUAGAUCCCCAUAAAGUCUUAUUUAUCAAAUGGAUAAUUUUCACUCAUUUGAUUCCGGCUACAUUUGGGUGCUCCAGUUAUUUUUUCUACAUGCAAGAGAGCGGACGUUAAGUUGAUGGUUUAUGCUUUAUGCACAUCUCUGCUUGAGAUUUUGUAUUUUUUUUUUUUUGAAAGGUGACUCGUCUUUCACAUCACAGCUUGUAAAGUGGGUGACGGUAGCGACCUGUGUUCACCAGUCUUAUGUUCAGCUUCAUAAAGCACUUUUGUGCAGCAGUAGUCCAGUGUUAUAAGCAUACAUGGACGUCGAGUGGAUGUGGUUAUAAAAGGGUAAAAAAAGACAGUGUGAGAGGCAAUCGACAUGGCAGCGAGACCUCACCCCCAGCGGAGGUCAGGUUGUAUUAAGUGCGUGGACGGGGUAAGCCAGGUGUCAGAUAAAUGGUGCAUCUUCAAACAACCGCUAGACUUCAGGUGCUAUUAUUUCCAAACUUGCUUUGUUUUUGUACAGAGACAACAUUUAGAGCAUAAGUGUUAAUAUUCUAGAUGAAACUGCUCCCCCACCCUUCUUUGAUACACUUUUCUUUUUUCUUUCCAUGGAUGAAAAAUGUGAGUAUCUACUUUUCACUGAAUUUCAUGACCUUGUCCAAUACAAACGUAGAGAUGUAUGAUUUAUUUUUGUUUUGGUUUUGGGCUGGGGGUGUUGCUCAUUUCUUUGUUCAAGUGUAGUGGUUCUAUAUCAAAAAAGGUCUCCUUCCCAGAACUGAUCUCCUCCAGGCCAUAUCCUCUUCAAAUGAAUAUAAGUAUAUAAAUAUAUACUUUUGUGUAAAUGUGUUUUUUUUUUUUUUUCCUCUUUUCGAGUAUCAAAACGGGAAUCCUGUAGCAUUGUAAUUAUUUUCAGAAGCCUUUUUCACGUUAUGUUAUUUGUGUUAUUUUUCAAGAAAAAUUAAAAAAAUUAAAAACAA